CAUAAAAAAAAAAAAUAGUGAAAAGGGAAGAGGACUGGUCUUCAUGUGUUUGGAUUUUGAGUUUACUUGCAACGACAUCUCGACAAAGUAUACAUAUCCUUUUGACGAUUCCAAGGUUGGAUAUUUUCCUAUAUUAAAGAUUCCGAUGAAACAUUGAAAACUUUACAACAUUCCAAAUUUUGAUUUUGGUGAAGCAUAGAUUCUUACUUUCCUAAUCUUUCAGAUCAGCAACUUCAACUUCAGGAAUCUCCCAACUCAUAUUUGGGCUAAGCAGAUGUUAGUCCUUUUCUGAUUCUGGAAAGGAUUGUGAGCUUGUGACUAAGAUGGGGACGCCUAUGAAACGCAGCUCAAACUCGAGAAGACGGAAUGAAAAGAUGAGGCUUUUUGUGACUACUUUUAUUGGAGUUGUAUUCGGGUUUUUCCUAGGUGUAACCUUUCCUACAAUUUCAUUGUCCAAGCUGCCCUUACCUACUAAUCUUAUCCCAUCGAUUGAUCCACCUGACAUGGAAAAGUCGGGCCUCUCAACUCAAGCUCUAUUAAAUGUUUUGAAGUCCUUGAAGGAUCGCGUUGGCAGUUUACACAAGAAUAAGACCCCGAAGAUUUGGGUUCCAUCAAAUCCCAGAGGCGCCGAGAGGCUACCCCCGGGUAUUGUAGCUUCUGAGUCUGAUCUUUAUACUCGAAGGCUGUGGGGCCUGCCAAGUGAGGACUUGAUCAUCAAGCCAAGGUACCUUGUGACCUUCACAGUUGGCCUCAAGCAGAAGAGUAACAUUGAUGCAGCAGUGAAAAAGUUUUCAGAGAACUUUACCAUUAUGCUGUUUCACUAUGACGGCCGAACAACUGAAUGGGAUGACCUUGAGUGGUCAUCGCGGGCUAUCCAUGUCAGUACACCAAAACAGACUAAAUGGUGGUAUGCAAAACGUUUUCUACAUCCUGACAUUGUAGCACCGUAUGACUAUAUAUUCAUCUGGGAUGAAGACUUGGGGCUUGAAAAUUUUAACGCGGAGGAAUAUAUAAAGUUGGUGAUGAAACAUGGUUUGGAUAUUUCACAGCCUGGUUUAGAACCAAACAGUGGGUUGACAUGGCAGAUGACAAAAGGGAGAAAUGACACUGAAGUUCACAAGGAAACAGAGGAAAGGCCAGGCUGGUGCACUGAUCCACAUUUGCCACCUUGUGCAGCAUUUGUUGAGAUCAUGGCACCGGUUUUCUCUCGAGAGGCGUGGCGGUGUGUUUGGCAUAUGAUCCAGAAUGACUUGGUCCAUGGAUGGGGCCUUGAUUUUGCGCUUAGGAGAUGUGUGGAGCCCGCUCAUGAAAAGAUAGGAGUUGUAGAUGCUCAGUGGAUUGUACAUCAAACUGUUCCAUCUCUUGGAAGCCAGGGUAAAUCGGAGAAUGGCAAGGCACCAUGGGAAGGGGUAAGAGAAAGGUGUCGGAGAGAAUGGACACUGUUUCAGGAUCGCAUGGCUACUGCAGAGAUGGCCUAUUACAAGGCAAUGGGAAUGGAUCCCCCUAAUUCCACAACUAAUUAGGUGACUCACUAAUUUAGAAUGCUUGUAGAAUUUCCGACUUCUUUUGUGUGCAAAUAUCUAAUACUACUUGUUUAGAGUUCCAAGUGUGGGUAGAAAGAAAUAUAUGUAUUCUCCUUAUAUUAAUAUAAUUCAUCUUUUGUUUUGUGUUC